AUGACGCGGGCUUUCCCCUCCAGCCGGGUUUCUGUGUACAGCAUCCCGGCUCCGUGCGGCUCUGAGCAGACUGCGGGGCAGGAAAGUCUGCGUAUCCGUUACUGUCCGUCCUACCUAGGAGGUUUAUGUCAGAAGUACUGCUUCUUCAAAGGGAUGAGGCUGUGUUUCUGGAGGAGAUGGCCUCUAGGAAUAUUACCUGUAGUUUCUUUGACAGUUACAGUGAUCGUGCUAGUCCUGCACUACUCAUUCUCUCCAGCUUUCUCCUUUAUUUAUAUUGGUGGAAGUGUAGAAAUUCCUAAUUUGACAUAUACGAACGACCUCAAUGAUCCAAAGUCGCAGAAAUUCCUCCUGCAAGCAGAAGCAAUCCAAAAUUAUUUUGCAGAAUCCUAUGAGUCUUCCUUCUUGGGAAAGUACUACCUGAAGUCUGUAGUGGCUGCUUUCAGUGAAGGAGAGUCUGGACUUCGAGCCUACUACUGGAAUACAUUCUGGGCGCCACAAGAUGUGGUUGCUUCUCUGAAAAAUUUAACCCCAGUGGAACAAAAAGAAAUCAGUAGUAAACAAGCAGCUCACAUGUUGGGUUAUUCUGGCGAGGAAGAUUUUGAUCUCGUUACAAUGGAGCUUUUUGUUUCAGAUUCUGCAGAAUAUGAUGUGAUGCUAAAAUCAGCAGUAUCCUUUGACCUGUAUGCCAAGCCAGGUAACAACAGGACUCUAACUCUGAUGAAUCCCAAAAAGUCUUUUUAUCAAUGGAGGCUGCGAGUUCCUUCUAACCAUGUGGUGAGGCUGGUAGUUAUCGCUUUGCAUGGUGUCACUCCAGAGAGCUGUGCAUCGCACCACUUGUCAGCAUAUGACUUCCUUCUUCCUCUGCAGAACAAGAUCAUUACAAGAUGGUGUGGACCUGUGGCCUGGACUCCUGUUGUACGUUUAACUUCAUCGAGUAAUGUAAUGUUGCUUACCUUCUCACUGGACCGAAGAGAAGAAAGCAACGUAUUAAAAGCUCACUUUCAAGCUGUUCCUAAAAUCAUGUGUGGUGGUCAUCAUAUUUCCUGGAACGGGACACUGAGUUCCCCUUAUUACCCAAGUUACUACCCACCAAACAUUGACUGCAGCUGGAUCAUCAGAGCACCAUUGCCUGGCUACAAGCUGUCAUUAAAAAUCCUCGUAAUACAAAUUCAGGAGAAGUCUCCAGGGUCCAGUAAAUGUGAUAAAGACUGGUUAGAAAUUGAUGGGGUUAGAUACUGCAAAGCUCUCUCAGAAAACAACAGAAUCGGAGAAUAUGGCUAUUCUGUCGCAAUCAACUUCCAUUCUGAUGAACUGGUCACCCACAGAGGGUUUUAUAUCAAAUACAAAGCCUUCAGUCACGCAGACCGUUGUAAUUCAGAAGAGUUGAACUGUGGUGAUGAGAAGUGUAAGCAUCAGUAUAAGACUUGUAAAGAUGAUGACAGCUGUGGGGAGGACAGCGAUGAAAACAACUGCUCCUACAAAAGUUGUUCCCCUUAUGCGUACAAAUGCCUCAAUGGAAAAUGCUUACUGAAACCAAAUCCUGAGUGUGAUGGGAAAAGAGACUGUGCAGACGGAUCUGAUGAAAUGAACUGUGCUUGUGGAAGACACCAACUUAAGAAAAACAGAAUUGUUGGAGGUGAAGAUGCAAGAUCUGGAAAGUGGCCUUGGCAAGCAAGUUUACAGAUGGGAGCACAUGGCCAUGUAUGUGGUGCAUCUGUUAUUUCCAACAGGUGGCUCAUAUCUGCUGCCCACUGCUUCCUGGAUUCUGAUUCUGUGAGAUACUCCGUUCCUUCGGGCUGGAGAGCAUAUAUGGGCUUACAUACUAUUAGUGAAAAGAGCAAUCGUGUAGCUAUGAGAUCAAUCAAAAGGAUUAUUGUCCACCCACGGUAUGACCAAUCUAUCUCAGACUAUGACAUUGCCCUGCUGGAAAUGGAGACGCCUGUAUUCUUCAGUGAGCUGGUACAGCCCAUUUGUUUACCCAGCACCUCUAGAGUAUUUGUUUAUGGAACUGUCUGCUAUGUAACUGGCUGGGGAGCCAUAAAAGAAAAUAGUCAUCUUGCCAAAACAUUGCAGGAAGCUCGAGUGAGAAUAAUUAACCAAAGUGUUUGCAACAAGUUGUACGGCGAUCUUAUCACAGCACGUAUGCUGUGUGCUGGGAAUCUUAGUGGUGGCAUUGAUGCAUGUCAGGGAGAUUCUGGAGGUCCCUUGGCCUGCACAGGGAAGGGAAAUAGAUGGUACCUUGCUGGCAUUGUGAGCUGGGGUGAAGGAUGUGCUCGGCGCAAUCGUCCUGGUGUAUACGCUAAGGUGACGGCGCUUUAUGACUGGAUUCAUCAGAAUACAAACUGA